UAAAUUUAGCUAGAAUCCCUUCUUCUUCUUCAACAACUUGUAGAGAGAGAAAACUAGAGAGAGAGAUUAUUUACAGUUCAUCCAUGGCUACCAAAGUCUACAUCGUGUAUUAUUCAACAUAUGGACAUGUAGCUAGACUUGCCGAAGAAAUAAAGAAGGGAGCCGAUAGUGUCGAAGGAAUCGAAGCGACAUUAUGGCAAGUCCCCGAGACUAUGCCUGCCGAGGUUUUGGCUCAAUUAGGUGCACCCCCGAAGAACAACAAUGUUCCCAUUAUCAAACCCGAUCAAUUAGCCGACGCUGAUGCCUUUAUUUUCGGCUUUCCAACAAGAUUUGGGAUGAUGCCUGCCCAAUUUAGAACUUUUAUCGACUUAACCGUCGCGCUUUGGGGAGCUCAGGAGCUUGCUGGAAAGCCCGCCGGUUUCUUCUUCAGCACGGGCUCUCAAGGAGGUGGUCAAGAGUCGACAGCGUUAACUGCUAUUACUUUUUUGGCUCAUCAUGGGAUGAUAUUUGUACCAAUUGGGAAACCAUUGUCGGUAAAACAACCUCCUCCGGAUGUGGUUAGAGGCGGGAGCCCUUACGGUGCUGGGACUAUAUCGGGUGAUGGAUCGAGGCAGCCUUCCGAAUACGAAUUGAAGGUAGCUUUCUACCAAGGACAAUACAUUUCCGACAUUACUAAGAAGCUUAAGAAGGGAGGAAUGGAUGGAUCUUAGCUCGAGUAAUUCUCAUAUUUCUUUGUGAUUCGAUCAAAAUUUAAAUUAAUGUUUGUCUAAGAUCUUGCGUGACCAAUCUCUUGUAACGAUUUAUUUUUUUGCGAUGAAAUGUCAAUCUGAUAUCCCGCGUUAGCAA